CUCCGUAGGCGCAGCGCGGCGGAGCCGGGCCGAGCCGCGGCCAUGGGGCACCCGCCGCUGGAGUUCAGCGACUGCUACCUGGACAGCCCCGACUUCCGCGAGCGCCUCAAGUGCUACGAGCAGGAGCUGGAGCGAACCAACAAGUUCAUCAAGGAGGUGAUCAAGGACGGCAACGCGCUCAUCGCCGCCAUCCGCGGAUACUCCUCAGCAGUGCAGAAGUUCUCCCAGACUCUGCAGUCCUUCCAGUUCGACUUCAUCGGUGACACACUGACGGAUGAUGAGAUCAAUAUUGCCGAGUCCUUUAAGGAGUUCGCGGAGCUGCUGCACGAAGUGGAGCUGGAGAGGUCCAUGAUGGUGCAGAACGCGAGUGAUUUGCUGAUCAAACCUUUGGAAAACUUCCGGAAGGAGCAGAUAGGGUUCACCAAGGAAAGAAAGAAAAAGUUUGAGAAGGAUGGUGAGAAGUUUUACUCUAUGCUGGAUCGCCACUUGCAUUUGUCUUCCAAAAAGAAGGAAUCUCAGUUACAGGAGGCUGACCUUCAGGUGGACAAAGAGAGACACAAUUUCUUUGAGUCCUCCCUCGAGUACGUGUACCAGAUCCAGGAAGUACAAGAAAGCAAGAAAUUCAGUAUUGUGGAGCCGGUGCUGGCAUUUCUCCACAGCCUCUUCACUUACAACAACCUGACAGUGGAGCUGACGCAGGAUUUCCUCCCAUACAAGCAGCAGCUCCAGCUCAGCCUGCAGAACACAAGGAAUCACUUUUCCAGCACACGGGAGGAGCUGGAAGAUCUGAAGAAGAGGAUGAAGGAAGCACCUCUAACCUGCAAGCUGCCUGGGCAGCCGACCAUCGAGGGCUACCUGUACACUCAGGAGAAAUGGGCGCUGGGCAUCUCCUGGGUGAAGUAUUACUGCCAGUACGAAAAAGAGGCAAAAACCUUACGGAUGACACCCAUAGACCAGAAGCCUGGAGCUAAGCAGGGCACGUUGGACUUGACCCUGAAAUCCUGCGUAAGGAGGAAGACUGACUCCAUAGACAAAAGGUUUUGUUUUGACAUUGAAACUAAUGAAAGGUCCGGGACCAUCACGCUGCAGGCACUCUCAGAAGCCAACCGAAGGCUGUGGAUGGAGGCCAUGGACGGGAAGGAGCCGAUUUAUCACAGUCCCAUCACGAAGCAGGAGGAAAUGGAGCUGAACGAGGUGGGCUUCAAGUUUGUUCGCAAGUGCAUCAACGCAGUGGAGACCAAAGGAAUCACUACGGAGGGUGUGUACCGGACUGUUGGCAGCAAUAUCCAGGUGCAGAAGUUACUGAAUGCCUUUUUUGAUCCAAAAUGCCCUGGGGAUGUGGAUCUCCAGAGUGGGGACUGGGACAUCAAGACCAUUACCAGCUCACUGAAGUUCUAUCUCAGGAACCUGUCUGAACCCGUCAUGACGUACAAGCUCCACAAAGAGCUGGUCCUGGCUGCCAAGUCCGAGAACCUGGAUUACAGGCUGGGAGCCAUUCAUGCACUGGUCUAUAAACUGCCUGACAAGAACAGGGAGAUGUUAGAACUCCUCAUCCAGCACCUUGUCAACGUCUGUGAGCACAGCCGGGAGAAUCUGAUGUCACCGUCCAACAUGGGGGUGAUCUUCGGGCCCACCCUCAUGCGAGCACAGGAGGACACUGUGGCAGCAAUGAUGAACAUCAAGUUCCAAAACAUCGUGGUUGAGAUCCUGAUAGAGCACUUUGGGAAGAUCUACUCUGGCCCCCCAGAAGACACCACAGCCCCCCCGGUGCCCCCACCCAGGGUGGCUGCCCGGCGGCACAAACCCAUCACCAUCUCCAAGCGUCCCCUGAGGGAAAGACCUGUCUUCUUUGGUGCGUCUGUGGAGGAGAGCGGAGCAGAGUGGCUCGGGCAGACCCCCAAUGGUGGCGGUGUGGAGGUCCCCAAGCCCCUGCUCCGCAGCCGCCUGCCCGCGCCCCGGCCAGGGGGGGACGAGCCGGGGCGUUCCCCCUCUGAGAGCCGGCCCCAGCCGCGCCCUGAGCCCGAGCUGGGGAAGCUGGGGAACAGGCUGCAGGAUGGAGGGGUGAAGCCAGCUGGCAGGGCGGCCAACGGGGUGGUGACCAGCCCUGCCCUGAGAACAGCCACACUGCAGGCCAGGAGACCGGCACCCCGGCCGGGCAUCUGCAGCAGGGAGGGUGACUGUGACGGUGUCCCUAAGCCACGUUCCCAUGGUGAUAAGCCCGUGAUAACACGUCCCCCUGUGAGACCUCCGGAUCCACCAUGCAGGACUCCUAUCCUUCCAAAGCUGGAGCAGAGGCCAGAUCUGAUAGCAGGGACAGCAGAGGAGAUGCCCUCAUCUGUGGUGGCCUCUAGGACCAAGUUCUUUGAGACGGCUUCCCGAAGAACAGGCAGUUCUUCAUCACCGCAAGGCAGGAUCCCAAGUGAUGAGAGCUGAGCCUAAAGGCUUUGUAAGUACACCUCAGCCCAGCUGGACCCAGGAGACUUUCUGUGUUUGUGACCCAGGAGUCAGAUCUGAGCCUUGCCAGCCCCAGUGCCCUGGAGAGCAGCUAUCUUACCGGACGAUGAUUUCCGAGCCACAAGUAGCUCAAGAAAUUAGGAGAGGGAGACCAUGAUGGAGAGCAGAUCCUGCCCACACGUGUUGAACUGUUCCCUGCCCUCCCACCUCUCCUCCCUGCAGGCUGUGAUGGCGCCCGUGUGUGCCUGCGCAGGUGGCGGCAGCAUGGGCAGGGCUGGGGGACAUGGACCUGUUCACCUGCUCACUUUGGAGAAACAUGCCUUGAAAAGGGUGUUGGGACAGCACAAAGGCUGAGUUCCUGUGUUCAGAUGCCAGGGCAAAACAGCUGCAGUCCCCCCUUGUCCUGAGAAGCCCCUUCCUUUGUGCUUGUGUCCCCCACUUGGUGUCAGUGUGUGGGACACCCGUGCCUGGUAACACUGCCCAUGGUGAUGCAGGCUGGGCAGGGACAGGUGAACCACUGUGCUCAGCUCAGUGGGAUGUCUCCUCAUCUCCUCCUGGACAUCCCUGGCCUGGGACACAACGCUGACAGAUGGAACUUGGCCAGGGGCUUGGUCUGAGCCGUGGCCACAGCCUUGCCUGAGGUCAGCUCUCAGGCAGCAUCCGUGGGUCAGCAGCCUCCAAGAGCACAGCUGGGGAAGGGGGCAGGAGGUGCUCCUCCUCUUCCUCCACUGCCUCCUCUUCCAUGUAAGCCACACUCCCACAGAUCCAUUUCUCACAGGCCCACCAAGAAGUCUCCAUCCUGGCUGAUUGCGGUGGCCAGCACAGAGGUGCUGAGGAUCUAAAACUCACUGUUUGUGGGUCAAACCCUGUUUUUUUUUUUAAGAACUGCCCAGUUUCUUACUUACUUGUUUAUUCAUUUCCAGUAGAAGAUGCCCAGUCUGUCCCUCAGCCAUGGCCCUGUGGAUGAUGUCCAUUGACCCAGGAGGUGUCCCUGGCCAGGACCUCUGUAGCAGUAGAGGCUUGUCUGUUCCUCCAGCUGCCACCGGCACCCAGUUCCAGGGCUGUGCACGCCAGAGAGGCACUCCUCUGCUUCCUCCACCCACCCAAAGAUGAUUCCCCCCUUUUGAAUGGUUUUCUUUAGGUGCUGAGACCAUUUGCAGAACAGUGGCCAAACAUUCCCACAGCUGCUUCCUGGCUGCUCCAUUGCUCGAGCGUGCUGUGUCCUGCCCGGCACAGGUCCUUCCCACGUCCUGGCUCUUUGCCUCUGCAUGACCCUGUGUCUUUUAUUGCUGGAUGGCACACACUGGCACUCAUGUGUGUCCUGUCCUUGGUGCUCUCCUCCCUUGGCUUCAGCAGUGCCCCAGCUGCUCCCUCCUUUAGGCCUGGCUCAUGAAAGUGGCUUUAAAACCAAACCAGCCUUGUGCUGUGGCAGUUGAGGCUGUGCCACAUGCACUGGCAGCAUCUGGGGCUGUGCUGGGCCCCUCCUGCUGCAGCCCUUCACCAGGGGCUCAAGGAUGAUGCACAGGCUGAUCAGGGAUCUCUGAACAGGUAGGAUGGAGCUGAAGCUGGAGCUGAGGCUGCUGCUGGUACCAGCCUGGCAGUGGGGCCACCUGCCUGCAGCACAUCAACCCCUGGCCCUGUUGGGGUCUUGGGCUUGUGGCUCCCACACAAAAGGCCAGCAUUUCCCAAAUGUCUUUCUUGCUUUGGGCUGCUGUUUGAGGACCCCCUGAGCAGUCUGGGAAGCUCUUUGGGUUCUGCCGAUGCACAUGCCUCUGGAGGUGACAUCCUGCGGGAGCAGUGGUUUGUCACAUCCUCCUCCUGCUCAUGCCCACUGCCCAGCACAGACCCCAGCACAGAGCCAGGCUCCCUGGGUAGGGAGAAUCCAAGGGUGGUUUGGUUUCAGUCUGACAGUGUGAGCAGUGGGGAGAGGCAGCUUCUUGCAGACUAUUUCAUGGUGUCCUUUUUAAGUUCUUUGUCACUUGUAUGUCUGUGCUGAUUUUUCCUGCACCUGUGGGUGCAGCUGAACACUGGGGACCAGCAGUUGGAGCAGUGGGGGACGCUGGUUGUGCUGGCGGGGGGCUGUGGGGUCCAACCUCUGCUGCCAUGAGGCACAAUCCCUGCUGCUGUGGGGCACAAUCCCUGCUGCUGUGGGGCACAAUCCCUGCUGCCGUGGGGCACAAUCCCUGCUGCUGUGGGGCACAAUCCCUGCUGCUGUGGGGCCAAAUCCCUGCUGCCAUGAGGCACAAUCCCUGCUGCUGUGGGGCACAAUCUCUGCUGCCAGUGGCCAAAGUGACAGCUGGGAAUGCAGGAUCACCCUAUGCAGCACAGCAGCCCCCCAGCAUCAGCCCUGGAGCCAUUGUGAUGUGCAAAAGCUUAGGUUACUGCAAGUGUUUAUAAAGUUUCCAUGAAGUGAAA